AUGAAGGCUAUCAUUCAAAAUGGCCCUGGCGGUCCUGAGACUCUUGUUACCGGAGAGGUUGAUAUACCUAUCCCAAAAGAAGAUGAGAUUCUUGUCAAAGUUGAAUAUUCUGCUCUCAAUAGAGCUGAUGUUAUGCAGGUAUCAAUUAGAAUAUUAUACUUAAUUAGAGAAAAGGGACUUAUCCCCCUCCUCCAGGAAGCACAUCAAUCAUUGGACUAGAAUGCGCAGGCUAUGUUAUUAAUAAUCUCAAUGAACUUGAUGACAACUCUUAUUUAAACAAUCGCAAAGUUAUUGCACUACUUUCAGGAGGUGGUUAUGGAUAGUAAUUCUAUAUAUACCAUAUUUAUUUUCUGCCAUAGAUUUGCCACUGUUCACAAAGAUUCCAUAAUGGAUCUUCCUAAAGACUUUGAAUUUGAAAAAGCUGCUGCUAUCCCAGAAGUUUGGUGCACAGCUUUCUAGAUCUUAGUUUAGAUAGCAUAAGUUUAAAAAGGUGACACUGUCCUCAUUCAUGCAGCUGCUGCUGGAGUUGGAACUAGUUUGAUUUAACUAUGCAAGAAGUAUGGAGCCACUGUAAUAGCUGUAUCUUCCACUGAUGAGAAACUUUAAUUUUGUAAAGAACUUGGAGCUGAUCAUUUGAUUAAUUACAAAAUUAAUCCAGAUUUUUCUCCUUCUGUUCUAGAAUUCACGAAUAAUAAAGGUGCGGACAUUAUCCUUGAUCCAGUCUCUGCUUCAAACUUCUUAUUUAAUGUAAAUAGUAUAGCAAUGGAUGGAAGAUGGAUAAUCUACGGGCAAAUGGGUGGAUCUAUUGUAGAUCAAUUUAAUCUUGGUUUACUAAUGAGAAAAAGAGUCAAUUUAUAGUUCACUACCCUUAGAAAUAGAACAUACUAAUACAAAGGAGACUUAAUAAAAAGACUAUAAUCAGAAUGCUUCUAGGAUUUUGAAAAUGGGAGUCUCAAACCAAUAAUUGAUAGAGUUUAUGGCUUUUCAGAGGUUCAAGAAGCACACAAGUAUAUGGAAAGUAAUGAAAGCAUUGGGAAGAUCUUAUUAAGACAGGAUUUGUGA